GAGAGAGCGCAACGGCCUCCUCGCACCAAAUCCGCCGUCUCUGCGGCUCCUCUCCUUCUCCUCCUGCAAUCCAACCGCCCUCAAAAAUACUUGCAACCCCCACUCAUCGUCUCCCCUCCCCGUCUCCACGCCAUGUCGUCGUCGUGGUUCCACUCCUCCUCCUCCUCCUCCUCCUCCUCCUCCACCCACCACCACCACCGCCACGUCGUCCACCACGCGUCGACCUACUUCGACGGCGACGACGACGAGGGCGACGUCAAGCCGGCGGUGACGCAGCACUGGCGUUACGACGCCCGCGCUGCGGCCUCCUACGGCGGCGGCGAGGAUGUGAAGCCGGCGGUGGUGGUGAAGCAGCCGCCGCUGCCUCGCCCGAGAGUGGGAAGGGGUGUCCACGACCGCGCGGAGGAGACCACGGCGCUCUCGUGGCCGGUGGUGGAGCCCUUCAGGUCCACGCUCCGCACGCAGGAGUCGCUCGCCGGGAUCCGCGCCAGGUACAGCGUCCCCGAGGGGUUCGGCCUGCACCCCGCCGGGGCCAACCAGACCGCGUGCGCGCCGCCUCCGGUGACUCCGCGUGGCGGGCGCGGGGGUGGCGCGGCGGCGGCGGCGGUGCCGAUCUGCGUGUACGCGCAGGCGUUCGCGGCGGGGAUGCGCCUGCCGCUGCACCCGUUCGUCAGCGACGCGCUGGCCCACUUCGGCAUCGCGCCGUCGCAGCUGGCGCCCAACGGGUGGCGCGUCCUGGCCGGGUUCGCCGUGCUCUGCCACUUCCGCGGCGUCGGCGCGCCGUCGCUCCCGGUGUUCCGCCACUUCUUCACCCUGGCGCCGCUGCCCAAGGGGAAGGGGUGGUACUCCUUCCGCGCCAGGGAGAGCGUCCCCGCGCUGUUCACGGGCCUCCCGUCCUCCGUCAAGGCGUGGAAGGAGGAGUUCCUCUUCGUCUCGCCGCCGCCCGCCGCGCCGUGGCGCUGCCCCGUGCGCUGGGGAACCCCGUCCAAGGAGGCCACGAGCGACCCGGCGCUCACCGAGAGGGAGGCCGCCGUGGCGCGGCGGCUCACGCAGGGCCAAGGCGUCGUCGACCUCAAGACCUACCUCUCGGAGAGCAACCUCGUCGCCGCCAAGAUCAGCAGCGCCCCGGCAUGUCUGGGAGGGACGGAAGCUUCACGGGGUUCGUCGGUGGCGGCCGGGAAGAAGAGGAAGGUGCUGGGCGAUGGCGUCAGCACCGGCGGUGGCGUGCUUCGGUCAGAGCUGCAGGCGAAGGACAAGGCUCUGGCCAAGGCGCAGGGAGAGAUCAGCCGCCUGAAGGCGCAGCUGGGGAGCGCCAAGGCGAGGGAGCUGGAGGAGGCGAGGCAGGCGUUGGAGUACGAGCGGAAGCUGGGGACGCAGGUGCUCAAGUCUGAUGGCGCCGCCGCCGGGGCCAGCAAGCGUCGCCGUGGCGGCCAGUGAUCCACGUUCCGCCGCUGAACGCCGCCGGCCAGCGAUUCGGUGAUGUGCUAGGUAUUUACUAGUACUACUACUACUUGCCAGGAUAAUGAGUAGCUUUGCGGAGUAGUGUUUUAGCAAGGACCUUUCAUGUUUCUUCAUAAUCAGCAUCAGCUGUGACAGACAGUGCUGAUCUUGGUUGGUAUCAUUUCGCAACAAACUGCUAAUGGAAAAUCUGUUCACAGACA